AUGUCCUCGUUCCCAUAUCUUCGAACCGAAAUCGACACCGGCUGGACGUUCAAACAAGCCGAUGCGUCUGAUCAAGAGUUCCUACCUGUUGCCCAGUUUCCCACCACGAUCCAUCUCGACCUUCUCCAUCACAAGCGCAUCCCAAAACCAACCCAGGAUCGAAACUCGGACAAGGUGCAGUGGAUCGGUGAAAAGAAAUGGCUGUACAAAACCAGCUUCUACACGCCGAAACCGCUCACGCAAGAGGGCGGUAUUGUCAGCCAUGUUCUUGUCUUCGAUGGCCUCGAUACCUAUGCCACUGUAACCCUCAACGGGCACAAGAUCCUGGACGCCGCCAAUAUGUUUCUACAGUAUCGUGUGGACGUCACGGACAAGCUCCGCGAAGAUGGCCCCAACGAGCUCACGAUCCUUUUUGAUUCAGCAUUUCUGGUGGGCAAGCGGCUGGAGAAGGAACAGGGGUACAAGAAUCUGUUUUGGAACGGUGAUUCCUGCCGCAUGAACGUCCGAAAAAUCGCGUGUCAUUUUGGCUGGGAUUGGGGACCAACACUGUUGACCUGCGGGCCAUGGCGACCCAUCUACCUCGAAAGCUUUACUGCACGUAUAACGGACUUGAGCGUCGAUAUUGCUGUCAAUGACGGGUUGGAUGCGGCGGAAGUAAAUGUCGCUGUGGAAUUGGAGGGGAAAGCUUCCAAAGACGCUGCCGUAGAAGUCGCAAUAGCUGACCCCGAGGGCAAACUUGUAUCCCAGGCCGUCGUCCAAGGCUCUGGGAGUUGCAGCUUCACCAUCAAAGACCCGCAACUAUGGUAUCCUAUCGGCUACGGGAAGCAGCCAUUAUACUCUGUCUCGGCAGCGAUCAGUGGUGGACACAAGAAACCAAUCACGGAAAAGCCCGGGAAGACGUUCUUCUUCCAGAUAAACAAGAUACCCAUCUACUGUCGCGGUUCCAACUGGAUACCAGGGGAUACCUUUGUUCCCCGAUUGACGCCAGCGCGAUAUCGACAGUGGAUAGAGCUUGCUGCCAGCGGAAAUCAGAACAUGAUCCGUGUAUGGGGCGGGGGCCUGUACGAGGACGACGCGUUCUAUGAUAUCUGCGACGAGAAGGGUAUCCUCGUCUGGCAAGACUUCAUGCUGGGCUGCGGUGUGUAUCCCGUCAACGACUUCAUGCUUUCCACCAUCCGGGCUGAAGCUGAAUAUAACAUUCGGCGAAUGCGUCAUCACCCAUGCAUCGUGCUGUGGUGCGGGAAUAACGAAGACCACAUGUUUGCUGAGCUGCAUCACUUGGAGUACGAUAUCAACGACAAGAAUCCAGAGAACUGGCUCAAGACAAACUGGGCAGCCCGCUACUACUAUGACAAGAUGCUACCCGACAUCUGCGCAGAGCUGGUGCCGCGAGUUCCAUACCACAACAGCAGUCCGUACGGAGGGUCAUACAGCAACGAUCCCACCGAGGGCGAUAUUCAUUCCUGGCGGGUGUGGAUGGCCGAUCAGCCACGGUAUCCGUACCAGGACUACGAGAAGCUGACGGGGCGCUUUGUGAGCGAGUUUGGAAUGAAGUCGUAUCCUGCGGUGCGUUCGAUCAAGCAACUCAUUACGGACCCAAAGGAACGGCAUCCUCAGUCACGUACCUUCGACCUGUGGCACUUCGCGCCGGAGGAUCAACGAACGAUUGCGAUGUACCUUAUUGACAAUCAGCGUCAUGGGUACUCGCUCGAGGAGACUGUUGUGGAGCAUCCAGAGAAUGAAUUCACCAAGGUUUUCAUCCGCCGGACUACAUACGCAGAUAUCUGGGCAUCCAACGUCACUACUGAGCCUGUAAAUGUGGAACUCACGGUGUCGUUCUUCUCCGUUAUUGACGGCACGAAGCUGUCCACUGUCGUCGAGGACAUUCAUCUUCCUGCAAACCGCUCAAUCGAGCUUAAGCGCAUUCAGUUCUCCGACGAUUGGGGCGUUCCGCCAGAGAGUGUCGUCGUCUUCACGAAACUGACGAAGAAUAAUGAGAUUGUUGCCCGGUACGUCGAGUGGCCACAGCCGCUGCGGCAUUUGGAUCUGUCAGUGGCAAAAGUCCAUUUGCGGAAACAGGAUACAACCGCAGACAAUAAGUUGGCGAUUUUCGUGACCGUCGAAGGAGGCGUUGCCAAAGGCGUUGAGCUCCGAAUCGACACAGAGGAUCCAGCCCUGGCGGACGCGUGUCAGUUUAGUGACAACUGCCUGGAUCUCGUUCCUGGAGAGGGGCAAUGCGUUUUCGUCACGACGAAGAGCGACAGCGGUCAUUCCGUUGACUCGAUUAAGAUCGUUGAACAGCAUUACGGGGGCAGUAACGCGUAA